AUGUCGGAAUCUAAUAUUAAGGAAUUGAAGGAUUUUGAUUGUGGACUUAGGACGACUAACUACCCCGCAAUUAAAAAUGAUCCACUUCCAGCAGAUGGCCCAGGGUCGAAGAACUUUAGCAAUAAAGCUUUAAUUGGACUCUUUCUUCUCGUGCCAUUUUAUCUAACGAGAAAGAUUGGUGGUGGCAUUAAAACUUAUAUUUUCUUUUUUGCUCUUACCGGAGUUCCUAUUUUGAUGGCAUUCUGGACUGUCUUGUCAUCAUACUCUCCAAGGAUUAAUGAAAAAGUGCAGCUACCAAACAAAGGUGUUGAGUUUUACUUGGACUUUCAUGAUUCUGAGCUAGCCGCCAAAUAUCAUGGCCUCAAGAAAAUUCCAAUGGAAACAUUCUAUGAGGCAUAUUUCCAAGGGAAGGUCAGCUUUAAGGGUGAUGCCUUGGACGUUUUAGAGUACUGUCAUGAUUGGGCCAGCUUUAAGUUUACUAUUGGAUUGUUCCGCUACUUUUUGUUGGAUAUGAUUCCAGAAGUGAUUAUGCAUACAAAAUCACAGGAUGAGGAACAGGUUAGAGAUCAUUACGAUCGUGGUGAUGAUUUUUAUGAGUGGUUCUUGGGUCCAAGGAUGGUUUAUACCUCAGGUAUUAUUCAUGACAUUCACAAAAACGAGUCUCUUGAACAGCUACAGGACAAUAAGCUCAAAGUUGUGUGUGAGAAGAUCGAUCUUCGGAAGGGUGAUACGGUUUUGGAUAUGGGCUGUGGCUGGGGAACAUUUGCCUGCUUUGCUUCCACCCAGUAUGGUGCCAAUGUUACAGGUGUUACUUUGGGUAAAAACCAGACCAAGUUUGGUAAUAGUAGACUCUCAGAGUAUGGUGUUCCGGAUUCACAAUCUAGAAUUGUUUGUUGUGAUUACAGGGACACACCUUUACCAGAUACGGACGUUGAAGGUGCAAAGGGAAAGUACAAGAAAAUUGUUUGUUUGGAGAUGUCUGAGCAUGUUGGUGUUAGGAAGUUUAAGGCUUUUCUUCAACAAGUGUACGAUAUGCUUGAUGAUGAUGGUAUUUUCUUCCUGCAAUAUUCCGGAUUGAGAAAAUCCUGGCAGUAUGAAGAUUUGAUCUGGGGUCUUUUUAUGAACAAGUAUAUUUUCCCAGGUGCCGAUGCAUCUACUCCCUUAGACUUUGUUAUCGGAUGCCUCGAAGGCACCGGCUUUGAGACUGUUUCUGUUGACAAUAUCGGUGUUCAUUAUUCAGCUACCAUUUAUAGGUGGUAUAAGAAUUGGAUCUCGAACAAGGACAAAUGCAUUUCCAAGUAUGGAAUCAAGUGGUACAGAAUUUGGGAAUAUUUCCUCGCCUCUUCAACCAUUAUAUCUAGACAAGGUGGUGCAACCUGUUACCAAAUUGUCUUGAGGAAGAAUAUCAAUAGCUAUCAUCGGAUUGAAUACGUUCCAAAGCAAGAAGGUAUUCAAGGUCCGGCCUCGAGGUUCAAGCCAUGGGCUAAAAACUAG